CCCUCCCUCGACACCCGAACGCACAAUGGCAGAGCUGCCCGCGGCGGAGGCGCCCGGGGACCCUGCUCUGUGCAGCGGGCGCUUCACCAUCAGCACGCUGCUGGGGGGUGACGAGCCCCCGCCCCCAGCGGCCUAUGACAGCAGCCACCCCAGCCACCUGACCCACGGCAGCACGCUCUACAUGCGCACCUUUGGCUACAACACGAUCGACGUGGUCCCUGCCUACGAGCACUAUGCCAACAGCAACCCCCCCGGCGAGCCCCGAAAGGUCCGGCCCACGCUGGCCGACCUGCACUCCUUCCUCAAGGAGGGCAGGCACCUGCACGCCCUGGCCUUUGACAGCCGGCCCAGCCACGACAUGACCGACGGGCUGGUGGAGGACGAGGCUGGCGUGGGCGGUGAGAAGAGCCCUGGAGAGCCCGUGCGCUUCGGCUGGGUCAAGGGGGUGAUGAUCCGUUGCAUGCUCAACAUCUGGGGCGUGAUCCUCUACCUGCGGCUGCCCUGGAUCACGGGCCAGGCGGGCAUCGUCCUGACCUGGAUCAUCAUCCUGCUCUCGGUCACGGUGACCUCCAUCACGGGCCUCUCCAUCUCGGCCAUCUCCACCAACGGCAAGGUCAAGUCAGGCGGCACCUACUUCCUCAUCUCCCGGAGUCUGGGCCCAGAGCUAGGGGGCUCCAUCGGCCUCAUUUUCGCUUUCGCCAACGCCGUGGGUGUGGCCAUGCACACGGUGGGCUUUGCGGAGACAGUGCGCGACCUGCUCCAGGAGUACGGCACGCCCAUCGUGGACCCUGUUAAUGACAUCCGCAUCAUCGGUGUGGUCACCGUCACCGUGCUGCUGGCCAUCUCCCUGGCGGGCAUGGAGUGGGAGUCCAAGGCGCAGGUGCUGUUCUUCCUCGUCAUCAUGGUCUCCUUCGCCAACUACCUGGUGGGCACGCUCAUCCCGCCCUCCGAGGACAAGGCGUCCAAAGGCUUCUUCAGCUACCGGGCGGACAUAUUCGUCCAGAACCUGGUGCCCGACUGGCGGGGCGCGGACGGCAGCUUCUUCGGGAUGUUCUCCAUCUUCUUCCCCUCGGCCACGGGCAUCCUGGCCGGGGCCAACAUCUCCGGGGACCUCAAGGACCCUGCUGUAGCCAUCCCCAAGGGGACACUCAUGGCCAUUUUCUGGACCACCGUGUCCUACCUGGCCAUCUCAGCCACCAUCGGCUCCUGCGUGGUGCGGGACGCCUCCGGGGUCCUGAACGACACUGUGGCGCCGGGCUGGGGCGCCUGCGAGGGGCUGGCCUGCGGCUACGGCUGGAACUUCACCGAGUGCUCCCGGCAGCACAGCUGCCGCUACGGCCUCAUCAACUACUACCAGACCAUGAGCAUGGUGUCAGGCUUCGGGCCUCUGAUCACGGCCGGCAUCUUCGGGGCCACCCUCUCCUCCGCCCUGGCCUGCCUGGUCUCUGCCGCCAAAGUCUUCCAGUGCCUGUGCCUGGACCAGUUGUACCCGCUGAUCGGCUUCUUCGGCAAAGGCUACGGCAAGAACAACGAGCCCGUGCGCGGCUACCUGCUGGCCUACGCCAUCGCCGUGGCCUUCAUCAUCAUCGCUGAGCUCAACACCAUAGCCCCCAUCAUUUCCAACUUCUUCCUGUGCUCCUACGCCCUCAUCAACUUCAGCUGCUUCCACGCCUCCAUCACCAACUCGCCCGGGUGGCGACCGUCGUUCCGCUACUACAGCAAGUGGGCGGCGCUGUUCGGGGCGGCCAUCUCCGUGGUCAUCAUGUUCCUCCUCACCUGGUGGGCGGCCCUCAUCGCCAUCGGCGUCGUGCUCUUCCUCCUGCUCUACGUGGUCUACAAGAAGCCAGAGGUAAACUGGGGCUCCUCGGUGCAGGCCGGCUCCUACAACCUGGCCCUCAGCCACACCGUGGGCCUCAACGAGGUGGAGGACCACAUCAAGAACUACCGCCCCCAGUGCCUGGUGCUCACGGGGCCCCCCAACUUCCGCCCGGCCCUGGUGGACUUUGUGGGCACCUUCACCCGGAACCUCAGCCUCAUGAUCUGCGGCCACGUGCUCAUCGGACCCCGCAAGCAGAGGAUGCCCGAGCUCCGGCUCAUCGCCAACGGGCACACCAAGUGGCUGAACAAGAGGAAGAUCAAGGCCUUCUACUCGGACGUCAUCGCGGAGGACCUGCGCAGCGGCGUCCAGAUUCUCAUGCAGGCCGCAGGACUCGGGAGAAUGAAGCCCAACAUCCUGGUGGUCGGGUUCAAGAAGGACUGGCAGUCGGCUCACCCAGCCACGGUGGAGGACUACAUCGGCAUCCUCCAUGACGCCUUUGACUUCAACUACGGCGUGUGUGUCGUGCGCAUGCGCGAGGGGCUCAACGUCUCGGAGGUGAUGCAGGCACACAUUAACACCGUGUUCGACCCAGCGGAGGACGGCAAGGAAGCCAGCGCCAGCAGAGCCAGGCCGUCUGUCUCUGCGGCCCCCGAGGCCCUGGUGCGGGAGGAGCAGGCCAGCACUGUCUUCCAGGCCGAGCAGGGCAAGAAGACCGUCGACAUCUACUGGCUCUUCGACGACGGAGGCCUCACCCUCCUCAUCCCCUACCUCCUGGGCCGCAAGAAGAGGUGGAGCAAAUGCAAGAUGCGCGUGUUCGUCGGGGGCCAGAUCAACAGGAUGGACGAGGAGAGGAAGGCGAUCAUUUCCCUGCUGAGCAAGUUCCGACUGGGAUUCCACGAAGUCCACAUCCUGCCCGACAUCAACCAGAAGCCGCGGGCCGAGCACACCAAGCGGUUUGAGGACAUGAUCGCGCCCUUCCGCCUGAACGAUGGCUUCAAGGACGAGGCCACUGUGGCAGAGAUGAGGCGUGACUGCCCCUGGAAGAUCUCGGAUGAGGAGAUCAACAAGAACAGAGUCAAGUCCCUGCGGCAGGUGAGGCUCAACGAGAUCCUGCAGGAUUACUCCCGGGACGCGGCCCUGGUGGUCAUCACGUUGCCCGUCGGGAGGAAGGGGAAGUGCCCAAGCUCGCUGUACAUGGCCUGGCUGGAGACCCUGUCCCAGCACCUCAGACCUCCCGUCAUCCUGAUCCGAGGAAACCAGGAAAACGUGCUCACCUUUUACUGCCAGUAACUCCAGGCCUGGCCGUCCCUGCCCGAGGCUGAGUGCGUGGGACGAGUUGGAAUUUGACCUGCUCCAGCUCUCCGGGACAAGACUCAGAUUUUAUUGCACUAUAGCAUCUGACAAUUCCAUCAGACCUGUCUCCAGGGCCUUGUUUUUAUGGGCUGGAGAAGUAGCAGAUGGAGUAGCUCUAAAAUUAUCUGAAGGGCCCAAUUCCUUUUAAACGUUUUCUUUUGAUCCUGAUAACCACUCAAGAUUUCAGCCUUUGAUUGAUAUGCAAAUGUGAGUCGGAGUGCUGGGUGUGAAUCGGCAGGAGUUCCUAAACAAAGCCUCCUUCCGCCAGCUGUCAGAGAAUGGGAGCCCCAACUGUGCGCCCGCUUGCAAAGCCCUCCAAGGAACCUGGGCUCCCUGAGCCUCCCGAGUGACACACGUUUCUCUGAGCCCCUCACUCCCUGUACUUUCAACACGGGGACUUGUCAACAGGACAAAGGCCAAACUCUAUGAAAUAAUUUUAAAGGGAUUUAUUCUAAGCUAAAUUUGAGGACCAAGACCCAGAGCCACGCCCAAGAAGCCUUGAGCAAGUGGAUUCCCUGUGGCUGGGUUACAGUUUGGUUUCAUACAUUUCA